AUGCCGAGGUGCGAACUGCGCCGAUUGCUUUCAAUCUUCGCGACGAUGGUUCUGCCUGGUCUGUCGACAUGGGGCUCUCAUGUUAUCAACGAGAUGCUGGAGGAGGAAGAGAGCUUUGCCUGGAGCCGAGUGAACACGAGCAUCGUCGUUGACGCCUUCGGAUGUUCCCUGCUACAGAUUAAGCCGAUGUCCUACAUGGCGUGGCUGACCCCCUAUAACAUACGUAUGAGCGGAGACAUCUCCUACCUAAACCAGACAUGCAUUGAAACCUAUGAACAAGUGGAGGUUACGCGAAUGGUGUCCCCGAGACUAGGCAUUGAGUUUCUGAGUAGGGACAAGUUUUGCCUGGACGAAUGGUUGGGCGAGAUUGAGAACGUGGAUACCGAGGUGAACAAGGCCUUUACCGCCUUUCCUAAGGUGAUCUGCUACGAGAUAGAGGACUCCGAAAGACAGAUUUAUCUGCUUGAGUUGGAGAUGACGCCCACAAAGAGACUGCAGAACAUAGCAAUGGUGCGAGAACACCCCGACCGACUGUACGUUCUGACCAACGAUUCCUUCAAUCCCAGCUGCUCCACACUUCAUCUGAUGCAUGCAGAAUUCAAAAAAUGUAAGAGCAACGAAAUACCCUAUUUGGAUGUAGAAAUCGUGUAG